AUGUUUGGUGCUUGCAACUUUUUGUUCAACUUGCGUCUUGUACAAAGUAUUGUAAACAAAGUUUGUUUGAAUCGAGAUGGAAAUGGCACGAUUCUGGGAUUUGUUCUUCAAAUUAAUCUGUGAGAAUUACGCAUAUGUUUGACCUCUUGCUCAGAAUUGGCGUAGUACGACUCAUAGAAAGCUUGAAAUUGAUAUAAGACCCCAGGAAUUGAACCUUGUAUGAACCAGAAACACAGCUUUCAAGAACACGAAUUGCAGCCUAAACCGAAUACAUAUCCUUCUUAGAUCAAUUCAAUAUCUAUUUCCUUCAAGACCGCAACGAAAUUCUCCAGCUCAACCAUCGCCGCUAUUGUAGCAACUGGCGUCCUCGCUUCUCCUGCCCCUAAAGCAGUCGCUGACGGGAAUAGCCUCUUGGUUCCACCUUACAAUCUCGGAGCCCGCUCUGCCAAUAUCCAAGACCGAGACUCACUGAAGGACAAGGAUACGGUGGAGUUCUGUGGAUUGGAGAACGGUAAAAGAACAUGUAAUGUUAAGGUUAAAGCUGAUAAGAAGUGCUGUAAGUAAAUUGAAUUCCUAAGUCCGCUAACAUGAAAUUUGACGAUUUUUGUCAAAGUAUUUAGCUAAGAAAAUGACAGAUAUCCUUGAUGACUGGUGGAAGGGUGGAAAGUUCAAGACUUCGUCAUUUGAGAGUGUUACUGAUACAGGGAUUCUGUGUGAAAUGUACCGGUAAGUAGGCAGUGCUGCCAUUACCUCAUGCUUAGGGCUUUUAAGGGCGGGGAGUUAACAGCUACUUAGGCGGAACGAUUGCGGUGGGAAAGCUUCUUCAACCUUCAAUUUCGCCGAAUUCAGAGCGGACGGCUCUGAUAAUGGCAAGAAGGAGGAUAGCGAGAAGAAGAAGGAUGAUAACGAGGACCGUGAUAGGGAUGAUCGUAAGAUGAAAAUGAAGAGCAGAAAGAGGGACGGCGACGAGAAAGAUGAAGACAGGAAGGAUGAAGACAGGAAGGAUGAAGGCAAGAAGGAUGAAGACAAGAAGGAUGGUGACAAAAAAGACGGGGAAAAAGGAUCUUUCGAUGAUAGUAUCCGUUCUUUGAAGUGCUCCAAGAAAUAA